AUGAGACUCACCGCUGCACCUCUUGUCGCUUUGGCCACGACCUUCACUACUGUGGCAACGGCUCCGGCAAAGCGGGCUGCUCCACAGGGUAUAGACGUUUCGCACUUCCAGGGUGUCGUCGACUUCGCCGCCGCCGCCGCCAAUGGAGUCUCAUUUGCGUACAUCAAGGCUACGGAAGGAACCACAUUCGUUGACCCCGACUUCUCUGCCAACUAUAACGGCGCUACGACCGCGGGGCUCAUCCGCGGUGGAUACCACUUUGCGCACCCGGACACGUCGUCUGGUGCGACACAGGCAGAGUAUUUCCUUGCGCACGGAGGAGGGUGGUCCAGCGAUGGCAUCACCCUCCCAGGUGCUCUUGAUAUCGAAUACAACCCUGACGGGGUAGAGUGCUACGGGUUGAGCGCGUCAGCAAUGGUCUCAUGGAUCAAGGACUUCUCCGACACCUACCAAGCACGUACUGGCGUCUUCCCAGUCAUCUACACGACCACCGACUGGUGGACGACCUGCACGGGCAACAGCGCUGCGUUCGCAUCGACGAACCCUCUCUGGAUCGCACGCUACUCAUCCAGCAUCGGCACGCUGCCAGCGGGCUGGUCAUUCACGACGUUCUGGCAAUACGCCGAUUCUGGACCGAAUCCUGGCGAUCAAGAUGAGUUCAACGGCUCUCUCCAAGGCCUCAAGAACCUCGCUCUUGGUUGA